CAGCGUCAAGCCCCCUCUCGAGACAAAGUUCACAGACAAGUCAUCUACACCAGACCUCGACGAGACAUUGUUGAUUAUCGCCAGUCUUCCCUGCAUUGCUAUGUAUCACUGUGAUAUAACUUGGAUCACCCCCGAACGACCCUCGGAAAACCAGCAAAAACUUGAACACGGACCACAAUUCCUGCAUCAACAGCGACAAUCACGAGAACAAGAGGCCGUCUCCGCAGACACGAGAACGCAUAGCCACCGGCCUGCGCAGCAUCAGCAACAGCAUAAACAACACAAUCAUCAGCUCAGCUUCGUGAACCUUCUAGUCUCCAACAGCCGCGGGCAAGAGCUGAAAGGAACCCGGUUACCGUUUGUCAGAGACUUUCUCGCAUCGCAUCAUCGAGACGGCAACCAAAUUGCUAGCGAACACACGAGCGGCCAGCUGAGGUCGAUUUCGCUUCCAGGGGUUCUCACACCUAAUCAGCAAAGUCUGUUAUCGCCUCUCCCGACCGCAUCGUCGGUAUCACAAUCUUCCCAAGUCGGCACUAGCAGCGCCACGCCGACACGACCCUGCGUAUCAUCAUCACGUCGCCCCUUUGGGUAGGAAACUCGUACCAGGGCGCCAGCAACCAGCAAAAAGAACAACCCAAAGAUAGCGCUAUCGUCUCCGGCGGGCUGCGCUACGGAAAACAGAACAAGGCCUAGCCACAACGUGGACCAACUAGUCGCGGCGUUUCUCGCCCCUGAGCUGCAUGAACCAGACGCACGCCGUGGCCGUUCUUAUUCUUGUCGGGAUAGCGCAACAUUGAACAGGUUUAUUGCACCACCGACAGCGAACCGGCCUCCACCCUCCCCCCUCCCAGCCUGGGACUGAUUGACUGACCGACCGGUGCCAGCGUCUACGACUUUUGACGCAGCCAGCACGCAACUUGUCAGUCUCUUUUCGCUCCCAGCGGUGCCUCUUCGUAUUACGCUGUUGUUCCCACUCUGUUCAGCAUCACAUCCGGGCUGGACCGGGUCUAUUAAUUGGACCAGGGGCCGUGGAGAGUAUCUCCCUCCACACCCAUUUCCCAGACAUCCAUACCCCCGUCCCAUCCCGUCUUACGCUAUCGGCCGCCAUUAUUAGGUAGUCGGGCUCCCCUCAUUAUCAGUAUCAUUAUCCGUAUCAUCACGCACAAAUCAGAGGCAGAGACAGACGCACACAUCACCGAGACACACUCACACUCAACCCAAAAGUUGUCUGUCCAGGGGUUACCUACACCUCCCCUUCCCCAAAAAGCAUAACUACCAACUCCAACAACAGGAGAGGAGGAAACAAAAAAGUUUCCGGGUCCCCCUCUGUCACGGACGACGAAAAACAUCGCCAACCACUUUCAAGCUAGCAAAGUUUUUAGUUGGUUGGGCUUUGACUUUGCGGCGUCAAACCUGAACCGGUCUACCCAAGGCAUCGUGGGUUCUCAAAAAAACUUCCAGACCACCUCUCGGUUGUCGGCCGGCGCCAUUCCAUUCCCCUACGCACUUGGCAACCAAGCUCGCGCGCACAUAUUCUGUCUUAUUUUUUUCAAUUAUUCUUUUACUCCUGAAUCUUGGUUUUGACUACCGAGUUCAUUACCCACCCCCAUUAUUACCCUGUUUUUCUCUGCAACGCGGGUACUCCGUACGUUGUAUAUUAGCAGUGGGACUUGUACACACAAUCUGAACUGGGACCUGAACAUUGUCAACCACAUCCCGGCCGGUGGUUAAACGCCCUGUGGCUUGCAGUUUUAUUUGGCGCCAUUGGACGUGCCAUUUCCACGAGGGAGUCCAAGCUUUGAUUGCUGUACCUGAGUCUUGCCAUACCCUGGAAUACCUUAUUACACGGCCACACACUGAGAGACGAGAUCGGAGACCGGCGACAACGCGAUUCUUACUGAGAGUCUCCAGAGUUCUCCUCUUUACGCAUCGCCCACGACUCCGCUUAUCACUUCCGGGUCAUCCACAAGUGCCUAUUAAUAAAAAUACAACCAAGAAGACCAAAAGGGCCAUCAUCAGCUUCGACUACCGGGGAAGCUACCUAGCUGGCUGCGUUAUCCUGCAUCUGUCUGCAUCGAGUCUGCAUCGGACGUGCACACCGCAAACUGCAAAAGGAGGAGAGAGGCACAUAAUAAACCACACCGUCCACUCACACGCCUAUCGCAAGAGAAACAAAACAAGCACACCUUGCCACACCUUACAUACAUAUUACUUGAUCUUCCUUCCCCCCUUGCCCUCUACGUUUCCCCAGAAGAGGCCCUCAAUCUCUGACCAUACAUCUGCCCGACAACGGCCACGCCCUCUUGUCCUGCUGCAUCUACUCCUCUUUUUCACAUUUAUUACCGACAGCUGAGAGGGGCUUUUCGAGACCGUUUACCAGCGACCCCCGCAAGCUCCAACGCACGCCCGCCCGUCUUCUCCUCUUCUUGCACGCCAACGGGGGUUCGAUUGAAAGGAGACAAAGGACGCCGGAUCCACCAUUGAUCGACGCCAUCGACAGGGCAGUAGCUCCAGGAGUAGCAGAAGGCUCAAAGUACCUCAUUUGGUAUUAGUACUCGACACCUGCUCACUCACACUCGAACGAUUUGGCCCGAAACCACGAGUCAACUACUCUUCCCGUCUCCCAGCCAUAACGCCAACCCGAACCAACGCCUUUUUUCUGUUCCUUAUCGAAGGCGAAAAGAAGAAUCAUAAACAAACCAACAGGUUCAACACUCUAUAUAAGUCUUGUUGAGAACCAUUGCGGUGUUCACACGACCACAUCACAUUGACGACAUCGGAUCGACUUAUCCACCUCCGUCACAUCAAGAGCAUCACUCAUCAAGGCACGCACACACCCACACACAAGCAAGCACCUUCCGAUAUCACUUCCGAACAUCCUCUUCGCCUGGGUUCUUUAAAAAGCCCAUAUACUCGUCUCAUCCACACCCUCAAACAGACAUAUUUCCGAUGGGCUCGUCAAUAGCCCAAAGACACAUUACUUGCACACUAUCAUUACCAUAUCCACCAACAUCAAAAAUGGCCGCCGCAACCCCUCUAUCCUCGCAGGAGCAAACUUCCAACUUUGCCCUCCAGCAAUAUCUCGUUCUCCAAUCUCAACAUGAGGAGCUCCGCCAGCACCUGGACACGAUCCGCCCCAUGACGACCUCCAACACCUCGCUCUCCUCAUCACCGUCCGUGUCCCCGACGCGCAGCACCUGCUCGCCCUUUGGCCAGUACCCCAACGGCGGCGGCGGUAAGAGGCACCACAGCCGAAGCCGUCGCUCGUCGCUAUCGAGCCCCAAGACCCGCCGCAGCAGCUCACUCGCACCCAUCGCGGACGAGACCACCAUCUGGGCGGUCGCCGAGGAAGAGCAGCGCCUCUUUGACGUCAACGAGGGCAUGAAGCGGGCCCUGAUGGAGCUCCUCAACUGCGAGCAGGUGCGGAGCGACAGCUCGUUUCGCAUGUGGGUGCAGUGCCGUCUUAUGGACACGGAAAAGGAACUCCGUUCUGAGAGACGACGCAAGAGCGCGCCAUGAGAUUCCUAAUCAGAGGAAUCUCACGCUCUCAUCUUUUUGCGGAUCGACACAAAAAGCGCAGCAUAUUUGAGCCUUUUGGUCCUACCUCUUUUUCAACCUACCUAAUUAUGCACCGGAUUCUUCUUUUUCAUGAGGCGUUGGAUUUGACAAGGAGAUUAACCAUCUCGUCGAAUGGCGUUGAGAGGGGAUUUGUGUGGGAAUUUCAACAUUUUGCCGAGGACAGGCAUGGCAUGGAUUAUGGCACGACAUGGGUCGUUUUGCCCAUCACAGAGAGGGAAAAGCUGGGUUUGCAUACAGGCGAAGAUGCUCUUCUCAUCUCGCCUGUCGGAUAUUUGGUGUUUUACUGGCGAAGGCUUGUUGGAAUGCACCACAGCCAAUCUGCCUUUUUUCACUUCUGGUUUCCUUUUUUCUUUUAUCGGUGGUUGCAGGAAUAUCACACACAAACAGCCAUCUGGUCCAUAGAGUUUGUAAUGACUGAAACGACACCAAUUACCAACUUUUACCAUACCUUUUACUACUUCGUCUUUGACAGUUGAUAUCAUGUCUGAAUCGACCUGGUUAGACUCCUGAUGAAUGCAUAGCUUAGUGGUUCGAGGUGGUGUUGAAGUGGUCUGAGCAUGACGGG